AAUUUGAGGAUACGCUAAAGGGGCUGCAUAUAAUUAAUUAUCCAUCGUAUAUGCCGCCGACAAACUUGAUGCUCCGCUUCCCAAAACUCACUCAUCUUUCGUUGCUAUACGAUAACAAGGUCACCUUCCCAACGAUAACGGACAACACGAACCUUACGAUCUUAGAUGAGUACCAUAAUCUGGUUUAUUUGCAUCUCAAGAUACCUUUUGGUGGGCAAAUCGAGACGUGCAUCAUCCCUGUACUGCGACGUUGCCCACAGCUGAAAUGCUUGCUAGUCGCAGCCGCCAGUAGCCAUACUAUCACAUCACCAAGCAGUACUGCCAACACCAUUGAUCUAGACUCAAUUUUUGAGCUGUGUCCGCGUUUACAGUAUGUCAUGUGGAAUAUGCACCGAGUAUAUCUUCGCAGAGAUGAAGCACACCUACCAAAAUGGCGACAAAUUUCGACAAGAACGCUUCAUAGCAGUGAUAUUGACAAAGCAAGAAGUAGAGGAAGCAGCAGCAAGGAAGGGAGGAUUCAGGGCCUUGUAUUCGAGGGUCACAUAGACGAUAUUAAUAGCGUUACGCCGAUACUUACAAGGUCCCAAGAAACGCUAUCUCAUUUGGAAUUGUUCAAUGUGGACAUGGACCGAUCUCGUGAUUGGCAUGAUAUCCCGGUAUAUACCCAAUUUCCGCGACUGGUGACGCUCAAAAUGACAAACCUGGAAAUGCCACGCGAAGAGGGAUGGGUCGAUCUUUUUGCAGGAUGCAGGAAUCUCAAGUGUUUGGAUGUGUCUCUGGGCCCAUUUGAUAUGCGCUGGGACCGUAUAAUCAAAGGAAUCACAUCGUCAUUGAGACGAUUAGAGCAUUUACGGCUCCAUGACAACGACUAUCGAGCAGCUCCACAUGUGGAGUUUGGUGACUGCAUCCGUAUGCUCUCCAAGUAUAGCAGCCUUCGUCGCCUGGAUCUCCACAACACUUGUAUCUCGGAUCAAAAUUUGAUUGACCUAUGCAAGGUCCGGUCACUACAAGAAUUGUCACUACAGAUGGGACUCGAGGAUAACGAAACGCUGCUGAAAUUCGCUGACAAGUUAAAGGAGACCAAUAGUAGUCUCGAUACCUUGAAAUUGAUCUCUGUGCACAAUUUGAACGAUGUCGUUCUUGAAAGACUUGCACAAGUUAAAAGCUUAUCGCUUAUCUCGGUUUUGUGGAACAGUCAAAUCACCGAUGCCGGAGUGAAAGCAUUUGUACGUGGCAGCACGAUUAAUGAUACUGGCGUGAUGAAAAAGAAGAAGGCUUUCGUGGAUCAAUGCCCAUCUGUUUCGAAGUGGGGAAUGUGGAUAACAGAUGAAUGAUAAUGAAGGUUCUUGUACCGUAUACCCCAACCCACCUAUUCUAUUUAUUGCACGCGGACUUGCUUUACCAAAUACCACUUUUCUAAUUGCAAAACAAUGACUUGUCUCG